CUCUCCUCCAGGUGAACACUCUCUGUUUUACACCUACACGGCUCUGUCUAAACCUCUCAAUCUGACUGGAAUCUAUGAGUUCACCGCACUGGGCAUGCUCGAUGACCGAGAACUCGACUACUACAGCAGUGAGACUCAGGUUAAGGUUCCUAAACAGGACUGGAUGAAGGAGAAGAUGGAAAAGGAUUACUGGGAUAAAGGAACUCAGUCCCGUAAGAGCAAAGAGCAGUGGUUUAAGGUCAACGUGGACAUCCUGAUGGAGCGAAUGAGACACAAUAAGUCUGACCUUCAUGUUCUUCAGUGGAGACAUGGCUGUGUGGUUGAAGGUGAAAACGGAAAUAGUAAAUAUGUGAGAGGAAUUGAUGAGUACAGCUACGAUGGUGCUGAGUUCCUCUCCUUUGAUGAUGAAAACUCGAGGUGGAUCGCUCCAGUUCAGGCUGCUGAGCCGACCAAAAGGAAAUGGGAUGAAGUGUCCAUCCUUAACACGUACACCAAGAGCUACCUGGAGAAAGAGUGUGUGGACUGGCUCAAGAAGUUCAUGGGAUAUGGACAAGAAGAACUGAGAAAACAUUCUGAACCAGAUGUUCAAAUAUUUGCAAAGAAAUGUGUAAAAGACACUAACAAGUUGACCCUGACCUGCCUGGCCACGGGGUUCUACCCUAAAGAUAUCCAGAUGUAUUUGAGGAAGGGCAGAACUAUUCUACCUGAUCACCUGGUAACAACAACAGGAGUGAGACCCAAUGGUGAUGGAACAUAUCAGCAGAGGAAGAGUGUUGACAUCCUGGUGGAGGAAAAAGAGUCUUAUGAUUGUUAUGUAAACCACAUCACCCUCGACAAACCAAUAGUCAUUGAUGGUAGAGAUGGAGAAAUCCCAUGCCUAGAUUGUACUAUACCAAAGAUUCAGGGUGGUAUCAUUGGGGGAGCGAUUGUAGCUGUUGUCAUGCUGGUUGUGGCUGCAGUCGUUCUCUUCGUCCUUAUAAAGACGGGAAUAAUCAGAUGCAGCAGUGAUGGCGAUGCAAGGAUCUGAACCAAAAUAAUCCUGGUAAUCCUGAUCAAUUUAUCUAUAAACAAUUUUGGUUUGAAAAUAGUAUGUGAAGGAUUCUGAUGUUCUAUCUGUAUAAAGAGCUGUUUGAGAUGUGGGACAUUUAACAUACAAAGUGUUUAACACUCAGAGCUUAACACUGUACAUUUACUUAACAUUACUUGUAGUUAGCCAGUGUCAGUAAUAUGUAAUGAUCACUUUAGCCACAAGAUUAGUUUUUAUCAGCAGAAACAUUUAUAACCUGUAAGAUCAGUGAGUACAUGAUGUGAUCUGUUACCUAUUGUUUUCUUUUUAACACUCGAAUGAAACGUCAAUGAAAAUCUUUUACAGUCAUAUUUAUUUAUCUAUUUAAUAAUGAAUAUCAUUUAUAUUUCUUUUAGGUGGAGGUGGAGAGAAUGUGUAAACUUUACAUAAAUCCUGUGGAUAAAGAGUUUGAUGCUCAAGUCUGAUCAUUAAUUGAAUCAAACCUUCAAACAUAAACAUCUACUAAUCUAUUACAAACCUGUAGAUCUUUUUCCCCUCAGCUCUGAUCAUUACUGAAGGUAUCAGACGUUUUCCAGGCUCUUUACAAGAAAGCACUUUCUUUACAGCUUAAAAAACACAGCCUGUAAUAAUAAGCACUUUUAAUCAAUUUAGCAAAACUGUUUUUAUGUAAAUAAGCUAAAAGCUGAUCUCUUUUUAAAUAUCCCAAUAACACUGGAUUUAUCAGCCUCAGGAGAAGAAAAAGAGGUCACUGCUGAGUGCUGUAAGAAAAGUUAGAAAUGUCAGAAUAAAUUGUUAUAAAACAUUCAGGUAGAGAAGAACAUGACACGUUUAUGGUAUUUGACAGACAACCUCUUCCAUAACAACAUACAUUUAUCUAAUUUUAUAAAACUGAGUGUUAAGGGCCUUGCUCAGGGGCCCAGCGGGGGCUUAGUGGACCUGGGAUUUGAACUCGGGACCAUCUGAUUGAUAGCCUAACAACCUUAACCUCUGAGCUGCCACAUCCCCUGUAGUCAUUACAAAUUAAGCAUUAAUUACAAGUUUAACGCAUUGCUUAUGCUGUGAAAGCUUUAGAAAGGAGACGCAAGAUAAAGCAAGUCUGUGGGAUUGGAGUAAGUUAUAAUCAAACACAUAUUCACACACUCCUUGCUGCUCGCUGUCUUCAUCUUCAUGGCUGAAGGUGAAAACAUAAUGAAUAGAAUAGACUUUGCUUUUUCUGUCCAAAUAAUCAGAGCUUCUAUUUCUGUAGUAAUGAAAUAAAAAUCGAUCUGAUUUCUCUAUUUUAAUCUAAUGUUGACUUUAUACUAGCAACUCGUGUGAGGUUGGUCCUUGUUAGCUGACUGCUGAGGUCCGACGUUUACUUUUCACUUUAUACUUUACUUCACUGUGUAACAAUUCAUAAUUUCUGAUUUAUAAUAAAAGUGAAAUAUUUUAUUUGUACUUUCUUUAGAUAAGUUUUAAGUUUGUUUUUGGGACAGAAUACUUUAUCUAUGUAAUGAUAUUUUGGGUUUCUGGUGUGUAAAAUGUAGCUUUGGUAAAAUGAUUAUUAAAUAUUUUUCUGAAAUAA